UGAAAUGUCAACAUAAUCUAGUUUCUCAAAGUCAAAUUACAACAAAUUAAUAAAAAAUGAUCAGAAAAAAUUUAGCAUACAAUUGAAAUACAUCAGAUUCAAGCCUCGAGGUGCAUCUUUAAGUACAAGUAUUUAUAUUUUGGAUGGAUGGCAUGUUAUAUAGUCAUUUGAUCUGACAGCGUUGAAAAAGUCAAGCAGUGUAAAGAAGAUUUUUCUUUGAUCAAAUCCAUUAUUGUUGGCUAUUGUUGGAAAUGUAUGACUUACAUGCACUAUUAAUAUAGUGGAAUAAAAAUUCAUGUAACAAUAAACUGAAAACUGGAAAUUAAAAGGGAGAAAUGCAAUAUAUCAAAAUACUAAAGCGGCGUUCACAACAAUCAAACUAUUGCUGAUAUCACCAUGGAAGCAAAUAGAGAUGAACAAACACUGAAGCAAAUUUUGAAGGACUUUGCUUCAAAUACGACAUCACAUGGUUACUCGCAAGUCAAGCUCUCAACAACAAGACUUCAAAGAUGGAUAUGGAUUGCUAUAUGCGCAGUUGUCAAUGUUGUUGGUUUAGCAUUAUUUGUCACGCUUAUGUUUAAAUAUUUUCAAUUCGAAACAAGAGAAGUGGUAUCAGUUGAAAAUAAACAUUUGAAGUUUCCUUCAGUUACAAUAUGUGCGUUGUACCCUCUGGCAGGCUCUAAACUUGGUAAAUAUGCAAAACCAUUAGAAAAUAAAACAUCAUUCGAAUCUGCAAAUCUUAUGUCAAGCACUAAAGCAAUGGCUACAUUGACUACCUUUCUUGAGAAUCUGAAUGAGAAAUAUGUGCAACAAAACAAAUCUGGCCAUGCAGAUAGAUUUUCUAAACAUUACAACAGGCUGCUUUCGUUUAUGUUCAGGUCUGAAAACAGCCAAAUAGAAAUGGCUCAACGUUCACAUAGCUAUGAGGACUUAAUUGUAAGUUGUGAUUUCAAAGGUGAACCAUGCAAACGAGAGAUGUUUCGUUAUGAGUUUAACAAUGAAUAUUUCAACUGUUAUACAUUUAAUGGAGUCGGGACAAAUGUAUCAUCAAAAAUGGUCUGGACUGGGUCAUUAUAUGGACUUAAUAUCGUAUUUUAUAUUGACGUUUCCACUCUUAAUCCUAACUACACAAUCUACAAUCCAAAAUCACCAUCUGGUGGAAAUUCUGGCAUACGUGUGAUUAUUCAUCCGCCUCAUACCCAACCAGACAUCAUAAACAAUGGAAUUAAUAUUGCUCCAGGAUUUUCAACUGAUAUAGGACUUAAUCUUUACAGGAAAGAGAGAUUGGAGCCACCUUGGGGCGAAUGUAAGAAUGGGAAAAGAAUUGAAGGAUUUGAGUAUGAGUACUCUGUAACAAGCUGCAGAGGUCAGUGUCGCCAAUGGUACUUGUAUGCAAAAUGUCACUGUGUUAGUGCUUUCUUUUUAGUACCCAAGGAUCUGGUGAAUGUUCAAUACUGUGGCAAAUUGAACCUUAAAAAUUUGAAUAGUGAUAAGGCAAAUAUUAGUGUUAUUACAGAAGAUCUUGACAGGUUGGAUUGUGAAAGAAAUCACAUUAGGCACCACGUUGGCUCCUACCCUAAAGGACUAAGAUGUGAUUGCCCAAUGCCAUGCUCCCAUAACCAAUACACCAAGCAGCUCUCAUACUCCAAAUGGCCAUUCAAAGCUGCUAUUAACUCAUACUACCAUACUCAACUGAAAUACAUAGCAAACUACGAGCACCUAUCAAUGUACCCAGCUAUCGAAAAUGCAAGAAACAAAUCAGAUGAGGAAUUCUAUGAUGUAUUUCAUCAAAACUUCCUCCGACUGAAUGUGUUCUACGAUUCUUUAAAUGAGUAUGUUACCAAACAGGUUAAGGACUAUGAAUUGGUCGAUUUUGCAGCGGAAGUGGGUGGAGUUUAUGGUAUAUGUGCUGGCAUUUCCAUUGUGACUGUUUGUGAGAUCAUACAACUUAUUUUGGCAGUGGUUAAGUGGCAUCAAAAUCAGUAUGAAAGCAGAAAAGUGAAUGUAAUUGAGGCGGAUAGAAAUAUGAAAAUGAGUAAUACGAAGACAUGAAGGGAACAGACAAUUUGAAGAUGAUAACUAAUGUUUGAUUAAACAUAAACUAAGAUAAUGUAUAAGUAAUAUGGUAAAAUGUAAGCAUGUGUUUGCCAUUGCUAUUAUUAGUUAAUGAAAACACAGAAUGAAAUCCUGUGCUAAGUGCUGAUGUGAAAAAGUCAGUCCACCCCAGUGGGGAUCGUAGCCACGACCCCUCGCUUUCCGGG